GCGAUUAUAAACGAUGGUUUAAGUCAAGAAAACCAUGGCAGAUUCAGUGUGUUCGCGUCCAAUCAAAAGUCCCUAAAUCGAAGCAUGCGCGCCGUAGCCAUCUGAUUGGAUUCCGAUUGAAUUGAUCGACUUCUAGUAUCAAAAGUUGAAGGGGAUAUAUAUGAUGGUUGUGGGUGACAAUAAUGCAAAUUCGAAGAGGGUAGUCUUUGUGACUGUCGGGACAACAUGUUUCGAUUCCUUGGUUAGAGCAGUCGACACUCCUGAGGUUAAGGAUGCCUUGUUCAAGAAUGGUUACACGCACCUCGUCAUUCAAAUGGGUCGAGGCACUUAUAUCCCUUCAAAGUCUGCUGGAAACGACGCGUCCAUUUCUGUAGACUAUUUCACGUUUUCGCCGAGCAUAGCUGAGUAUUUGAAAAAUGCAUCUCUUGUCAUCAGUCAUGCAGGUUCCGGAAGUAUAUUUGAGACAUUGCGGCUAAAAAAGCCCCUGAUCGUGGUCGUAAACGAGGAUUUAAUGGACAACCAUCAAAGCGAGUUAGCCGAAGAACUAGCCGAGCGCAAGCACUUGUUUUGCGCUCGUCCCCAGACGCUGUACGAGACUAUAUCAACAAUGCAGCUCGAUUCUCUUUUACCUUAUGAACCAGGCGACGCAACGCCAGUUGCCAAGUUUAUUCACAGGUUCGUAGGCUUCACUAAAUAGCGAUAAUCGAAUAAAACACUUUAGUCGUGACCCGUAUGUAUUCGAUUUCAAGAAUUUCUUCCCUUCGAAAAAGGAUCCUUAAGACACAUUUACCUCA